AUGUCUCUUCGGCAAUUCUCAAAGAUCACCACGACACUAUUGUACGCUCGCCAAAUUCGCACGCACAGUACCAACGUGCCGUCCACCUCUCACUUCAACGUCCUGGGAAUAGAAACCUCAUGUGACGACACGGCGGUCGCCAUAGUAAAUUCUUCGCGACAAAUAUUAGCCGAGUCAAUUCGAUUUCAACAUAAUCUUCACGAACCGGCAGGUGGUAUUAUCCCAAAUGUAGCGAUGAUGAGUCAUCAGAGAAACUUGCCUGAAGUUGUGUGUGACGCUCUUUCUAAAGAAAGCUUGGAUAUCGUCAAGGAUAUUGAUGUAAUUGCGGUUACGAGAGGUCCAGGUUUACCUGGAUGUUUGGCGAUCGGCUUAAGCGCUGCGAAAACUCUAGCAGCCGUGUUGCGGAAACCAUUAAUUGGCGAAGCUCACGCCCUAACAGCCCGCCUAACCCAUACCGAACUAAUACCCUUCCCCUAUUUAACCCUCUUGAUUUCUGGUGGGCACACUCUAAUCCUAGUCACGCACGGAGUAAACAAGCACACACAACUUGGCACAACAUUAGAUGAUUCAAUAGGUGAUGCCUAUGAUAAGACUGCUCGAUUGCUUAAAAUCCCUUGGUUAAAAGGCCAAGGUGGUGGUCCGGGUGCUGCAUUGGAACAAUUCGCAUUGGAUGGUACCUCCGACAAUUACCGAGUUCCGAUACCAAUGAGAAAAGAUCCGAGGAGGAAAAACGAGAUGAACCUAAGCUUUAGCGGAUUAAAAACUUCCAUAAGAGAUCUAAUCGAAAGAGAGCAAUUAGAUUUGGAAGACGAAAAAGUAAGAAAAAAUUUGGCGGCAACUUUUCAACAGACUGCAAUCCGUCACCUAAUCGACAAAUUGGAGUUGGCGUUUGAUUGGUGCAGGGUGAAAGAAAUUCGCUUGAAUGCUCUGGUGAUUAGUGGUGGAGUGGCAAGUAACAAAAGUAUCCGCGCGAGUUUAGAGAAAUUGGCUAAUGACCAAUUUGAGCUUCCCUUGAUAUGUCCACCUCCUCGCUUAUGCACCGACAAUGGUGCAAUGAUCGCUUGGGCUGGAGUUGAAAGAUUCCGUGUAGGCCUGAAGGAUGAUUAUACCAUAGACCACGCGCCAAAAUGGUCGAUAGAAAGUCUAUCGGAUGGAAUGGGUUGA